AUGUGGCCCAUUCUGGGACCUAUCGAAUAUAAUCAAAUACAUCGAUCGAUAAAUUUUCCGACUUUUCAACAUACACUUUUCAAUUCUGUGAAAUUUCAUCCUCAUCCUUCUGAGACAAAGAUUCCGAUAAGUGUCAAUCCAACGUUCAAAUAUUUCGAUCCAAUCUCAUCCACAUGUCUUAUUAUCUAUAGCUUAGUACUACUUUUACUUUGUGCCUUGCCAAUCCUUGCACUCAAUGUUUAUUUACGACAAGCUCUCACUACAUUCCAACAAACAAAUCAACUGCACAUUCAUCGUUAA